AAUGACUGUAGAGGACGCUAGUAGACCGCGACUUUUUGUAAGUAUAGAAUCACAGAUAGAAAUAAUAAAACUGGCAUAGAUAUAUAAAAUACCUAGAGAGAACAAUCGUAUUUACUAAUGAAGUCAGACGCCAUUUACAGGUUGGGCAAAAACGAUAGUGAAUAUAAUUGAUAUUUAACGGUUGUUAUUCUUAUUAUUACACUGUGUCCAUUAUAAGAUAAAAAACAUCGAAUCAAUAUAAAAAUCGAUAAUACUUAUAUCGAUGUUAUAACGAUUUACAAUCGUUUUUGCCCCACCUAUAAAUUAUUGACAACUUCAAAUUGUUGUCAAGCCAGUAUAGAGUUUGCUACCUACAGUAUGUUUCACGAAACUAGCGACUCCGUAGUGGCACUUCCGGUGGUAAAAUUUUGGUGUUCCGUGGUUUCUCAAACCUACACAAAAUACGCGGCAAUUUGGAAUACUGCACGGUUUUUAAAAAAUAUGAAUAAAAUCAAUUAUUUUAUUUAUUGUAUAUUAUAUAUAGCUGUUAUAAAAUGUUUGGCAGUGAAAGGUAAAAUUCAUAUCAACAGAACCAGCUGUUCGAUGGUUGAUUGCCGCAUCAUUUUUAAAUUACCGCGGUUUUUUAGUCAUACGUUUAGGAAACCCUCACGAAAAUCUGCCACUGGAAGCGCCACUGCGGAGUUGUUAGUUUCGUGAAAUGUACUGUAGUUAAUUUAUACAAAGUGAUUUUUUUAUCAUGAACCCGUAAUUAUCUCGGAGGAUCUUAAGUUUAUUUGAUUUAUGUUUUUUCUUAUCAUUAUGAAAUCGUUUUUUGGUUUAUUUUAAAAGCAUUUUAAAUUUUUACCCCUACUUCAUAUACCUUAAAUAAGUUCAUAUUUUUCAUUUUCAAAUAAAAACCCCCAUUUGAUGGGUCAUAGGUAGGUUAUUUGUUACCCUUCCCUACUCUUCCGAUCUAAACUUUAAAUUGUUAUAACUCAUAAACGGUAAAUAUGAUAUGUGUGUGAUAUAUUUCCAAAUUUCUAUACAAAUAUUCUUUAUUCAAAACUAUGUUCCAAAAGGGGGGGAGGGAAUUUGAAAACCAAAAGUAUGCACUUAUUUAAGGUAUAUGGAGUAGGGGUAAAAAAUUAAAAAUGAUUUUAAAAUAAAGCUUAGACGAUUCCAUAAUGAUUAGAAAAAGCAAAAAUAAAAUUUAUUUAAAAUCCUCCAAGAUAAUUUGUGGUUCAUGAUAAAAAGAAAAAACUGUACAUCUAUGUUUUUUGGUAAAAUAAUAUUAUAAAGUUUUAUUUAGUCAUUAAUAAGACAUUAGACAAUGAAGUGUCUAAGUGACUAAUAUUCGGAGAAACUAUCGAAUAAUUCGAUUUCGAUAAGUAAUCAUCAAUCAGUUGUGAACUAUAUUCAUAUGAUAUAAGGUUAUGACUAUUGUGAGCCUGUUUUCUGUUAUCUAUGCUUGUGACCAUUUUAUGCCCUAUGGUGCUCACUGAACUUGAGCCUAUCAACAAUAUUUCCAGAACUCAUAUAGAUAAGACUGUCUUGUUUUGUUAGGUACCAACACAGAUACAAAAUAUUAUUUUAAUAUCUAUGGUUGGGUACCAAAGAUUUUAUUUUUAUUAUGUUCACUUGGAUGCUAUUGAUAAUUAUUCAUGAUUAAAAUAUAAUGUAAUACUGUAAUUAACGUACGUCUGUAAUUAUGUUUUUAAUAAGCAAUACGUUUGUCGGUUUGUCGCUAAGGUUUUUAUUCUUGAAUUAAUUUUGCUCAUUACUCAUCAGUCAUCAUAAAAUGUGAAAUUUUCACAAAUGAAAUUAUUUAAAUUAUGAAUGCAGAGAACAUAGGUACUGUAGAUGUAUUGAAGAAACAAUUUGAAUCUUUUCAAAGUACUAAGAAAACCGUUCAUGGAUUAGAAGAUAAACGACACGAGAAACAUGUGAACAAAAGAAAUAUUAAAAGAACUCCUGCAUUCCGACGAGAUAUAAACAUUUCAAGAAAGUUGGUCAGUCAAUCACCACAAUCAUUGGCGGUAACAAACAAUUUUAAACAGUGUAGUACUACAAAUUCAAAUAAUAGCGAGUGCAAUACAAUCUCACAAACUAAUUCUCAUAAUUAUAAGACUGACAACUCGAAUCAAAAAUUAUGCCUAGAUCUAUUUACAAGACACGAGGAAAAUAAAUUUGUGGCCAACAAAAAAGAACUUAUUCAAUGUUUGAAAAAAAAACUGGAGAAUAAUAAAUCAAUUAGUUGCAAGCCAAAAGUUCCAAAAAUAAAUUUUGAACAUACAUUGAAAACACCUUUACCAAUUGGUCCUCCACCAAAGAAACCACCAAGAACAUUUGCUCAUGACAAACAAAUCGAUCCAAAUUUAAAUCUUCAAUGCAUAAUGGAAUCUCAUACAAAUUUUAAAUCUGACCCAAAAAUUAUGUUACAAAAGUUGGAGCAAUUUGUUACAGAAAAUGCUCAUACAUAUGGAACAAAAGAUGAUAAAUCCGGUGGAAAAGAUUCUAAUUCAAAGAAAAAUUCUAAAAAAUUUAAUUUAUCUAAUUUAGCAAAAUCUUUAAAAUGUUUGGAAAAUCAAAAUGUUUAUACAGAUUCAUUAAAAAUAUACCCCACAGAUGAACACAAUUAUUUAACCAUAAAAUCUUGUAAUGAAAGUGAUACUGAACAUAUAUAUGAUGAACCAAUAUUCCUAAAACCUUACUCAAGGCUAAAUAUUAAUGGCGUUGUUAAUUGUCAUGAGUCCAGUGGUAAUGAGUGGGCUUAUGAUUCUGAUAAAUCUAAUCUACAUUAUAUGGUAAGUUAUGAAUAUCAAUUAAUUUAAUAAUAGUUUAAGAUUGUUAUUUUUGUUUUUGACAGUUUUUAAUACAUUUAUUUUAACUAUGAAUAGCAUUAAUAUCACCUUAAUUUAUAUGUAUUUCUUUAUUUUAUUCAGUCUACACCGAUAACAAAUUAUAAUUCUGAAAAUAAUUUGAAAAAAUCUGACUCGUGUUUAAAAAUUAAUACUUUAGAUGAAUUGGAUUCAAAAUUAAACAAAAAUGUAGCCAUUAGCCAUGAAAGAAAAGUAUCUAUAGUUGUAUCAAAUUAUUUUUAAUUUAUACUAUUUUAUUUUGAUUAAUGAUUAUGAAUCUUUUUCUAAGAUACAAAUGUUAAUGAAUGAAGCAUAUGGUACAUUUAUAGAAGAAAGCGAUUCUGAAUCCAUUUGUAACAAUGAGGAUAGUUCUAGCGGAUCAAUAAAUAAUAUAAAUGGUAAACAAAUUAGUUAAUUUAUCUUUCUAAUUUAUGCAAAAAACAAAAACUUUUUUAAUUGUUUAUGAAAAACUAACUUACUCUAUUUGUAAAGUUUUUAUUUAUUUAAAUGUAAGGCACUAUUAUAUAUUAUUGUUUUAACUUUUCAAUGUUCACUUCAUAGGUUAUGAUAAAACUUCUUGGUCUAUAACAGAAGUUUAACAUAUAAUGUGAGUUAAUUAAUUUAAUUGCAUAAUUUGGAUGAUUUAAAUGAUUAGGUAUAUAGUUUGUAUUAAUCAUGUAAAACUUAAAAAAAUCCUAUAUCCUGUAUGUAUUGUACAUGGUUUUGUUAUACUUUUAUUAGGCUGAUAGAAUACAUAAAUAUAGUUAUAUGUACAAAUAUAAACAUUCUUAUUGGCAUUAACAUUUUAUUUCCUUUAUUAAAAGUAUUCUUUUAACUUACAUGUAAAGUUUAGCAUAAAAAUGUUUUAAAAAAUUGUAGUAUAAUCGAGAAAUUUCUAACAAAAACUUGAUGUAUAGACAUAUUCUUUAAAUAGAAGUUACAUUUUAUAAAUAUUUUCCAUGUAAAUAAUUAUUUUUAUCUUUUUAGAUACACAAAUUAGAGAGCAGACAUUAGAGCGAAAAGGAUAUUUACAACGUGUGGCUAAAAAAAUAACGUCAACAUGCUCAACUAUUAUUCAAGAUAAAAAUCAUCUUUUUCAAGCUCUUCUAUUGAUUGGUUUAGAUUUAAGUUCAACUAAAGAAAAAUUACCUUAUAUUAAAUAUAAAUACCCAGAACAAGUAAUUUUCAUUGUGUUUUUAAAUAAACACAAUUAUUGACAAAUAUUUGUAACCAUAGGUUGAAAUACCAAAACAAAUCGAAAAUUUAUGUUUUCCUGAUGCACAUGUUUGGCCAUUUACUGCAGACGACUGUCGAACAUAUUCUUUGAUUGUAACUGAUGAAAAUGGUCGACGUUACUAUGGUUAUUGUUAUAGAGUACAGCCAGAAGGUGCUGCUUAUUGUUUACCAUUGGUGUAUUGUAUAUAUUCUUCAGUUAAAGCCAGCAGUUUUUAUUUUAAGGUAUCAUCUAAAGUUUUAAAUAGGGUUCAGAACUUAUUGCACACAAAUUGAAAAUAUUUAUGCACAUGAAAUUAGCAAAAUAUGAAACUGAAUUUUUGUUAAUAGCAAUUAAAAUAUUUGAUUUAUUACAUUUUUAAUUUAGACAAUAUUUUGUCAAUAACUUAUUAACACUUAUUCUUUUAAUUGGCAUUACAACUCUACGAGAGUUUCUGUGCCUACCGCCACCUCCUUCCACUAUUCACAUUUGUUUAUUUUUUCUUCUCAAUCCGUUACACCUAAUUUCUCCAAAUACUUUCUUAUUCCAUCUGCCCAUUGUUUUCUUGGAUGUUCUCUCAGCCUUUUCCUUGUUGGCUUUCAUUCUACCACAGCUUUCAGAUUCUCUGAGCUUGAGUGCUACAUCACAUGUCCGAACUAUUUAAUUUUUUAUUCUUUCACAAAAUGUUCUAUCCUUGGUACUCCUGUCAGUUUGCAUAUAUCUUUGUUUUUUCUUCUACGCCAACAACUGGAAUCAUGAUCAUAUACUGGCCCACAGAUGAUUACUAAAAUUGUGUUCUCAAAUGACAUCAAUUUCUGUUUCAUUCAACUUGUUAGCAUCUAUAUUUCGUGUAUAGAUGCACUUUGGUUCUUCAGAAAAAUAGUUUAAAUUUGAGGUAGCAAAUUAUGUUUUCUCUAAUUUGUUGAACUUAAUUAAUGUAAUUAAUGUUCGUCUUUUCCUACAAUGAAUAAAAGGUAUAGUAUUUUCAAAAAUUUUGAAAUAAUGAAAUAUUUACCCUGUAAAGUAGAUUGGUACAAUAAGACAUUUUCUGAUUUGAUAAUUUAAAUGCAUGGCAAUUGUUGGUUGGCAUAUUUCUAGUAUUUACAGUCUACAAUUUUAAAAUGUUUCACAAUAAUAAAGAACAGCUUGAAACCAUAUACCCCACCUUGUUCAUACUGGUUCAGACAUCAGUGGUCAUAAAAGGACAAUAUCUUUGAAAAUUUGAAUGCGAGAUAUUGAUAAUAAUUUUGUUGACUAAAAUUUAGAAUACGGAUGGUUUCAUUGUGAAUCAUUUUUGAGUACUAUGUUUUUAUUGAAUUUGCAGACUUAAUCAUAUAAAGAGCAAUGUUAGAUAUUGUCAUGUAAACACCAUCAGGCCAUAACAUAUUCAUCGGCUUAUCAUCAAAUAGUUAAAAAAUCGUUUUUUAAUAGUUUUUACCUUUAAAAUAAAUGUACUUAACAUAAAACAUAUCUUAUAAAGAACAAUAAUUAUUUUUUUGGUUAUAUAAUAAUUAUAUUGCCAAAAUUUAUCAAAUUUUUAUUUCAGUCCGUUGUGUUUUAAAAUAAACUUAUAUCUUAGUUUAUUCUACAGCCAUUAUUUAAAGAAUAUGCAAAUGUGACAAGUCCUGAAACCUAGUUUAAAAUAUUUCUAUAAUAAACAUAUAUAACUUAAAUACAAAUAAAUAUGAUAUUAAUUAAAUGUUAUUUUACAGGUAUUACAUGAAAUUGAGUCAAGACAUGGUUUAUCUGAAUUUAAUAUGAAACAAUUUAUUGGAUUAUUAUAUGAUCAGCCGUUUCCAGAACCGGGUUCUACUGUCUACAUACCUCACAAUUCUACAAGUCUUAGUGCUGAGUUGUAAGAAAAUAAAUGCCAUUGAUUUUAGAUAUUUAUUUAUUUAGCAUAUGGCUUAUAAUAGAUUUAUAAUAUUAACACACAAUAAAGUAUAUAUAAGAUAAAACAAAUGGAAUGAAGUAAUAAAAAUCAAUAAUAAUAAUAAUAAUAAUAAUAAAGAUAACAUUAGGCAAAUUUUGGUGACAUAGUUUACUAUAAUUGUUUGAUAUCCAAAUGCACUUUUCGGCAACAGGGUUGACUGAAUCAUCAAACAAUUGAAAAAUACGUUUUCUGUUUUUGGUUACUAAUAAUCUACUAAUAAGGCUAUCAUUCAAUCAUUCCAUCCAUUUUAAAUAAAAAAAAAUAUUAUACAGUAAAUAAAACGUUUUUCAUCAUCAAAACACGCCUAUUGGUAGUAGAUAUUAACAAAUAAUUAAUUGCUGCAAUUUCUUUUUUUUUUUAACAUUUUAUGGAGUUAUUAGUCCAACAGUAACUUAACCAACCAUUCUGUAGCUCUAUUUUAUAAGUUGUAAAAGUUAAAUAAUCCUCCUUUCGAUAAAUACCAGGGACAUUCUUCAAUGGUAUGCGUCAUUUUUUGGUUAGUAUUUCCACAUACAGAGCUACUUGAUGUCCGUAUCACCAUUUACUCAUAAGAUAUACACAGUAUCCGUGGCCAGAUCGAAAUCUAUUGAGGAGUUUUUAUAUAUAAAAACCAUUAGUAAUUUAUUGAUGUACUACAUUCAUUGCAUAAAAUGUAGGUGUUUUUGUUUAAAACCAUAUAGUCUUUUAAAUUUUUGUAUGUGUAAUAUUCUGAAUGUGAAAUGCUUAUGAAAUGUGAAGAUAGUUUGUAAAAUUCAUAGAAUGAGUAAUUUUAUUAUUCACAUUUCACAAAUUGUGCAAAAAAUUGUACAUUUCAUAAACUGAGCAUUUUCAAGGUCUGCUUAUAACAUGUAAAUGGAGACACAUGUUGAUAGGGCGUUAAUUUUUUUGUCCCCAUUAUCCAAAUAUCCUGAUUAACUGAAUACACCGAAAAUCGAAACAUCUUAUUUUUAUGGACUCUGAUUAUCAACAAAUUUUUUUUUAUCUAUGCCUGUCAUAUUACAACAACAUAUAACUGUAUAUGAUCCAUAGCUUUUUUUGAUCCUUUGAAUGUUUGACAUUUAUAGCACAAAGAACCAUUGACAUACGUAAAAUGCAUCGUGCUGAAAGGACGAGAAAUUGAUGAAAUAAUUGUGUACGUAGGCUAGUCUACUCAUUUUUUUAGGGAAUACUUGAUAGUUGGAGAAAAAGAAAUAAACAAAAAUAAAAUACAUACAAUUUAAUAGACAUACUGAUUAGAUAAUUACAGUUUUGAUAAAAAAAGUAGGUAUGUAUCGAUUAGACUAUGUCCCUUAUAACUGUUGGUUUGUCUCCAAUAAAUGGAGUUAAAUUAAAACUUUCACAUUCGUUCAAGACUGCUAAUUUUUUCCCAUUAAGCAGAUUCUACUAUAUAUAUAUAGGGUGAUUCACUGUGCUCACUCCAUUUUAUUUUUUUUUUGUUAAAUUUUGCAUAUAUUUAAAUUCUGAUUUUUGGAAUUUUUAAGUGUAAUUAAACCCGAUAUUUUCAAAUACGUAAAUUUUUCACAACAUUUAAUGAGUAUCCUGUGGCUAUACCACCUUGGGUUUGCCGAAUGAGAACUUAUAUUAAAAAUGUUAUAAAUAGAUGAAGUAUUACUUUAAAUAAAUGUUGAUGACAACAUUUUUGAUUUCUGUCAACCUGUUAACGAGAUAUUCCAAUUAUAAGUUUAGGUGCGAGGAGAGUAGUGAAGUAUCAUUUGUGUGGCAGCAUAGUGCACCACUCUUCCAUGACUUGUGCAUAAUCGGGUUAAAGGUUAUCCAGAUUCUCUGUGGUAAGUUGAAGCUAAUUUGUUUGCUUGAAGAACUCUUAAUGAUGGAAGAGUUAAUUAGUUUUGAUUUUUCCCAUUCAUCUUUUCAGCAUUAUACUGUGUCAUAUUUAGGAGUGUUGGGUUUAAUAGCAGUUUCCCACAUAGGUUUGCGUGACUUAAGUUGGCGUAUGUGUAGGUUAUUACAGAAUUUAUAAUGUUCAUGGAUUGGAUGGGCGGUAUUAUUACCGAGUUUUGACCAUAAUUUAAGUCACGCUAUUUACUGAUAAUGGGAUGAUGGCACUGAGAACGGGUAGUCUUGAUUAUGCCCGAUAUAAUACACAUGUUUUGAUUGAGUUUGAUAUCCACCUUCUUGGCAUGUGUAAUAUUUAACUAAAUCAAAGAACAGUAUUCAACAACAGAGUAGACUAAGGCAAUAGUGAAAGUUUUCAAUGUUAUGAAGUCAGCGCCCCAAUCUGUACCUGUCAAUUUUUGAAUUAUGUUGAUGUGGAAUUAAUCUUAGACGCAGCUUUGGUUAAGUGGGUUUUAAAAGUUAGUGUCCUAUCCAGAGUGACACCUAGAUAUUUUGGGUGAAGUACAUUCUUUAACCUAGUUUCUCAGUAGGUAAUUUCCAGGUUAUAGUCUGCUAUUUUAUUAUUUAGAUAGAAAACUGUGGUUUUGGUUUUACUGGAAUUUGUGGUGAGCCUCUAUUGUAUUAGGAACUUAUCUAAAAUUUGAAGAUCUGAACUAAGUAUGUUCACGCAGUUAUCAUGAAAUUUAAGUUUAAAUAAUUCUUAUUAAUAUUGGUUUAUUAGUUUUAUUUGGUUGUGUGUGGAUAAUACUAACACUAUGUUGUACAAGGAGCUUUGUAACAAUGUACAAAACACUCAUAAUAAACUGAUUUUUUUUUCUAAAUUUUAUAUAAUUAUUAUUAAAGUUUUAUAUUUUUUUAAGUUCUUCAAAUGAAGGAGAACUUCGAAGACCAUUUGAUAUUCGACAAGAACAGGAUGAUCUGUUAAAACUUUUACAAAUUAUCAAACCAAACACAUUUAUACAAAUAUUAGCAACAAUGUUAUUAGAAAGAAAAUUAAUACUUCUCAGCAAAUCAAUUAGGUAAUAAUCUGUUUAUUAAGUAAUUAAAUAUUUAUUAUAUUUAUUUAGUUAUAUGUUUAUUAUUAUACCUAAUUCUAUUUUAGAAAUAUAAUAAAUUAUUGCUAUAUUAUGUUACUCCCUAUGGGAUAGUGUUAAAAUACUCUCACGGUACAUCUACCUGUUGUAAAAGAUGAUAAAUAAGGUUGUGUCAAAUUGAUAGCCAAAGUAAAAUUUGUAAAAGUAUGAGACGUUUGAACUUGGCAGACUGUCUCAUCUCGGAUGGGUGUGGGAACAACAGGUGAGAGGGAGUACCAUGAUGCAUGAUGUUUUGCAAAUGAUAUAGUUUUGAUAGGAGAAAAUCUGGAAUAAGUUAACAAUAAACUUGAGAAAUAGAGAGUAGCAUUUAAUGGAAAAGGACCAAGGAUAAGUAGAAUUAAAACAGAGAAUGAGUUUGGAGGAACAGAACAAGACAGUUAUAAAUAAAAUUGAGAGUAUUAAGUACCUUAGAUCUUUUGUAUAAAAGAACAGUGGCUUUCAUGAACAUGUUAAAUAUAAGAUUGUGUGGUAGGACUUACUAUGACGUAUAGUUUGGUGUGUUGAGUGGUAGACAGAAAAAUAUAACUAUGAAUGAGUGUAGUAGAGAUAAAAAUGCUUAGAUGGAUAAGUAAAGUGAUGAGAAAACAUAUGAUAAUGAAUGAGUACAUAAAAGGUAAGUUAGGUGUAGAUUUGAUAGUAGACAAAAUGAGAAAAAAUAGACCGAGAUUGUUUGAACCAGUCAUGGGGAGAGGAAUCUGAAGCAGUAAUCUUUGAAAUCUAAUGAAAAUAUAGUUGUCAAUGUUUACCAGGGGGGAAAGCUGCUCAAGUAGUUGUUUAGAAAAAGCAUGGCCAACUCCAAAUAAUUGGGAUGAAAUUAAAGGAGAAGAAGGUGGUCAUAUAUGUUCCUUAAUUAUAAUUAGUAACUGCAAAUAACAUGUAUGCGCUCGUACUUCUUGUAUUUAAAUUAUUUUAUAUUUUCUUAUUGGAUAAAUGUUUACAAUUUUGUAAACAUUUUAAAUAGUGAUUACUAUAUAUUUCAAUUAAUUAUUGAGUUAAUAAUAAUUUAAAUAAUUUUAAAUAAUUUAAAAUUUAAAUUUAAAUUUUAUUUAAAUAAACAAAUUUUAACUGAGUAAAGCAUCUAUAAUAUACUGUUAAAAUGAUUUUGUAAAUGCUCCUUUUGGCUCUAAAGUGUCUGACAGUAGAGUUGUAGGAGUUUUGAUUUAUGAAAUUGAGUUGAGUGUAUUUUCCAAUUCAUGUGUAUCUAAUAAGAGAAAAGUACAUAUUUUUUAAAAAUAUAAAAUACUAGUUCAACCUUCAAAAAAAAACUAAAAGUGCACAGAUUGUUUACAAACAUUUUAAAUGAUAAAAUUUGAAGUAUUUCAAAAUAUACAAAAAAUGAAUUAUUAGAAUUAUCAAUCUUAUAUAAAUUAUAUACCUAUGUUAAAUAAUUUUCAAACAAAAAUAACAAAUUUGAAUUAUAAAUAAUUAGAUAUGCUGUUAUUGCUAUGUAAAAUAAAUAUCAAUUGAAUAAUUUUUUUUUUUCAAUUUAUAUUUUAGUUUGUUAUCGAGUUGUAUUGAAGGGCUUAUAACUUCUUUGUACCCUUUUACUUGGCAACAUACUCUUAUAUCAGUUCUCCCUUCUCAAAUGGUAUCUGUAGCUGAUUUUGUUCAAGCUCCUACACCUUACAUCAUUGGUUUAUUAAAAACAGAAAAUCAAUCCGAUAUAUUUUCGCAAUUAAGCGAAAAAGAUCAAGUAAAACAUUGUAUUAUUUAUAAACAUCUUGUUAUUAAAUUAAAAAUAAUUUUUAUUUAUAAUUAGGUUUUUAUUUUUGAUUUGGAUAUAAAUAAAUCAUUACGUAAAGUAAAAGAUGAAUACAGUGUCAUUCCAUCAAGAAUCUCGAAAGGUUUAAAAAGUGUAAUUGGUUUAAAAGUAGAAUUAGAUCAUUCAACAAAAGCAAUUCUUGCUUCAGAAUCUCUUGUACGGAUGUAUGUUGAGCUAAUUGGCCACUAUAAGACUUUCAUCAUAUUAGAUCCAGAAAACAAACAUUACCAAUUUCAGGUAUAAUUAUUAAAUUAUUUUCUUGUUCCUGAUAUAAAGUUGGCAUUCUUUGAUUAUUGGUUAGAUUUCUAAGGUAGAUUUAAAAUUUGUUGGUUAUUUUAUGUGAAUAAACAUUGUAUGUUUAAAAAUUUAAAAAAAAUUGAUACAAGGUUCUCCAUUAGUUGUACUUAGUAUUCAAGGAAAAAAAGUAGAGUGGAAUAUCUUAAUUUUUUUAUCUAAUUUUAAAAACACAAACAAUGGUAAUUUAUUUUAUAAUUGGAAAUAAAUACAAUUUUCAAUUUAAAAUUAUCAACAAAUUUUACUCAGAAAUGUAAUAAAAGUGUUUACAAUGAUUAAUUAUUGUUGCACAUAGUUAAUAGACUAUGAGUAGUAUCCUUCCGUUUUACUUGUUCAUUAUUUUAAUAGACUUUCUUCUAAUAAUAUACCAAUAUCUAAUAAACAGUUGUUAAUUUUACUAUAAUAAACUGUAUAGCCUUUAUAUAAAUUAUAAUUAUGUUUUAGAAACAAUUAUUCAUUGAUGCGGGUAUUAAUAGUGCUCAUCGAAAUUUCUUGGAAUGGUUUACAGAAACAGCAAUGUUUACAACAUUCAUAAAUAAUAAGAUGCAUAAUAUCAUUGAUAAUAAAGAUGUGUUUGAACACAGAUGUGCUGAAUUUUCUCUUGAGCUAUGUAAAAUUAAACAUAAAUCAAAAACCUUACAGUCUAUGAAAGCAUUAGGUGAUCGGAUAAAAGACUGGGCAGUUUCAUAAACCACUUAAACUUAUUUUUUGUUGCUUAAUUUCUGAUAUACGAACUUCAUAUGCAACUAUUUUAAUACGAAUGUAUAUUACCUAAAGAACAACAUUUUCAAAAUGUAUUUAUGUAUAAAUAUACUAACUAGUAUUACUAUAAUAUUAAUAAAACGUAUUGAU